AUGGUCGACAUUGGAACUCAGAAGAUGCACGAUGGAGUUACUCGACCUCUUCCGCCGGUUAUCCUUGGGAAAUUGGGAGAAGACCCGAAGAAGAAGACUCUUCUGAUUUAUGGCCACAUGGAUGUUCAGCCCGCUUUGAAAUCUGAUGGCUGGGAUACAGACCCAUUUGUUCUCACAGAAAAAGACGGGAAGAUGUUUGGCCGAGGAAGUACCGACGACAAAGGCCCCGUCCUUGGCUGGGUCAAUGUCAUCGAGAGUUACCAAAAGACGAACACAGAGAUCCCAAUCAACAUCAAAUUUUGCUUGGAAGGGAUGGAAGAGUCCGGCUCUGUGAACUUGGAAGGUGUCGUGCGCGGCAGGCCCGACUUUUUCGAAACAAAUGUCGACUGGGUUUGCAUUUCGGACAACUACUUUCUUGGCAAGUCAAAGCCAUGCGUGACCUACGGGCUAAGAGGACAGAUGUAUUUCUAUAUUGAAGUUGUUUGCGCCAAGCAGGAUCUGCAUUCGGGCGUCUUUGGCGGAAGUGUUCAUGAAGCUACCGUUGAAUUGUCGCAUAUUUUUGCCUCGAUGGUCGAACCGAAUGGGAAGAUCAAGGUUCCGGGAGUUAUGGAUCAGGUUGAUCCAGUAACUGAUGAAGAGCUCGAAACGUACAAAACAAUCGACUUCAGCAUCGAAGAUUUCCGAGGCGAUCUUGCUGCUGCCAAGCUUACAGAAGACAACAAAGCAGAUCUUUUGAUGAGAAGAUGGCGUUUCCCUACUCUUUCUGUUCAUGGCUGGCAGGGCGCUUUUGCUGAGCCAGGCGAGAAAACCGUGAUUCCGGGAAAAGUAAUUGGAAAAUUCUCGAUUCGCCUCGUUCCGUCGAUGACGUUCGACCACGUGGAAAAGGCCGUCGUAUCGCAUGUCAUGAAGGUUCAUGAAUCUCUAGGCACUCAGAACGAGGUCAAGUGCUAUCUUGCAAAGAAACCCGGGCGCCCAUGGAAAGCGGAAACGAGCACUCCCAACUUUCAAGCAGCUAUCAACGCGGUCACCGAUGUUUGGGGUGUCAAGCCGGAUUUGACAAGAGAAGGUGGCUCCAUUCCAAUCACGCUCGUUUUCGAAGAAGUCACGAAAAAGUCCGUCCUCCUUCUGCCGAUGGGAUCUUGCGACGACGGAGCUCACUCACAGAACGAAAAGCUCAACCGAAUCAAUUACACGAAGGGAAUGGAGGUCUUUGCCAAUUACAUCAAUCGUCUUGGAAAAGAAUAA